UUGCCGAUUUGUGUCUACCUGACAAUGUCAGGAGGGGGUUGUUUGUUUCUUGUACGCCCGUUGCUCCGUAUCAGUGGGUAGGCCGGGGCCGGAGAGUGGGUUCGACAUGCUCUACAAGAGACCGUCCACUGACCCAGCAGCCUGGCAGGGGAGAGAUAAUCGGGAAUUUGUCCAUCAUAAGGGUUUCAACGAGCAAUACUCUCCCCGCAGUCCAUCAUCCGCCAAAAAGACGACAAGCCGACGGAUCUUGAGACCUUCCGGCUGGCCUAUCCAGUGUCACGCAGAGAACCCAAGCAGGAACAACCGACCAAUGACUUCCGACAACCCCGGCUCGGCAACAGGUGUUGUCCAGCGCCCCUUAACCGGCGGAGUGAACCUACCAAGUCCGCCUCCCAUCCCGUACGGUGGGCACAGCUACGGGAGCAACCCUGCCACCGACGGCCCCACGCCACAGCAUAGUCCUGCGCCCAGCCCGCGGCCGGAUCCCAGCCCGCGGCCGCGGCCCUACCCCGAUGUCGAUCCCGGUCCUGAAUCUGGCUCGGAUGACGACUCGUUUGAUGAUGACGAGUUUCGUGACGGCUACGACGAGUUAGAGGGGGGAGGCAGUGAGGACGAGGACGAUGACGAGGAUGGUGACGAUGAUGAUAAGGAGGAGGAUAUGGAUGACGAGGAUGACGAGGAUGACGACGAUGACGAUGAGGAGGAAGAUAAGAAUGAGGAGGAGGAUGAGGAGAAGGAAGACGACGAGGCGGACAAUGAAGAAGAUAAAGACUCCGACAGCGACAACCAAGCAAGCUCCGACCCCGACGACGAUAGGACGCCCGCAACCUAAGUCCAACAUAACCAUCAACACGAGCACCGCACACCCGCCAACCGCCCACAACCACAACCAUGCCCUCCGCGCCAGCGCCCCAACUGCCCCAACCCCACCAGCACCGCCCCUUUCCCAGCAAAGACCCCGAUUCCAACACCCCCCCAGCCAGCGUAAGCAUCUCACAACCCGCGCGCUGCACAGCCUGACCGUCAGCGCGCUCGGCCACUGCCCC